AUGUCGCAACCUCUCUGGACCAUGCCUACGGGCGCAACCCAUCAGCCGCAGUUGAAGGUCUACAACUCGUUGACACGAUCAAAAGUCCCAUUUGUCCCUAUACAACCCGGCCAUAUCUCUUGGUAUGCCUGCGGUCCCACGGUCUAUGACGACUCCCACCUGGGCCAUGCGCGUAACUAUGUGACCACGGAUAUCAUUCGACGUAUCCUGCGAGACUACUUUGGCUUCAAGAUUCGGUUUGUUAUGAACACCACAGAUAUUGAUGACAAGAUCAUUCUAAGAGCGAGGCAACGUCACCUCUAUGACGAAUACAAGAAGAACCACAGAUACAUCGACGACCAAGUCCGGCAAGACGCUCAGCAGGCCUGGCACUACUACAUCCAGAAGAACCUGAAACGCAUAGCAUCCAAGGACCUCAUCACCCCCGAGACAUUCGACGGAGUUAUCGAACACACAUAUGGAGAUGUCCUUGCAGGAGGGAGCCUAGAGCCAGGAACCAAGCCAGGUGACAAAGAGGCCAAGAUCAAGAUGCACAUCAAUACCGCUCGAAACGCGGCAAAAGCUCUGAUGCAGGAUCCAAAGCUCCUGACCCCGCAUGAAUUUUACAACCGCGUGAACGAUAUCAUGUGCCUCGUCCUGGACGAGCAGUUCGGGAGCACGAUCCGCGGAGACGAUUAUGCCGUGUUCACGAAACUCACAAAAGAAUAUGAGGCUCGAUUUUUCCAGGACAUGCACGAUCUCAAUGUCAUAGAUCCAGAUGACCUUGUGCGAGUCACUGAGCAUGGCAAAGAGAUUGCGGAGUUUGUCAAGAAGAUUGUGGACAACAAAAUGGGCUACAGGACGUCAGAUGGUUCGGUUUAUUUCGAUAUAAAAGCAUUCGAGGCCGCCGGUUACCCGUACGCCAGAUUAGAGCCAUGGAACAGAAACGACAAGGAACUGCAGGCUGACGGAGAAGGUGCUCUGUCACAAAAAGACGCAACUGCUAAGAGAUCGGACGCCGACUUUGCUCUUUGGAAGGCAUCAAAGCCCGGUGAGCCAAGCUGGGAUAGCGAAUGGGGUCCUGGUCGGCCUGGAUGGCACAUUGAAUGCUCGGCGAUGGCGUCGGGGAAGCUUGGUCAACAAAUGGACAUCCAUUCCGGCGGGAUUGAUCUAGCAUUUCCUCACCAUGACAAUGAGCUUGCCCAGAGCGAAGCGUUCUGGGCAAACCAUGGUCAAUGGGUGAAUUAUUUCCUGCAUAUGGGUCAUCUAUCCAUACAAGGAUCAAAGAUGUCAAAAUCGCUGAAAAACUUCACUACCAUCCGGGAAGCGCUCCACGUCAGGAAGGAUUGGACUGCGAGGAGUCUGCGAAUUGUUUUCUUGCUCGGAAAUUGGAAAGACGGAAUAGAAAUUACGGAUGACAUGGUCACCGAAGGCAGGAAUUGGGAAGACCGUGUAGACAACUUCUUCCUCAAUGCUAUCGAGGCCAUCAAGAACACAAAAUCCUCAGACGAACGACCAGCCGGCUUGGAAGACGCUGUUCAGGAGGCAGCAGAGAAGGUCCGAACUGCAUUACUCGAUUCCUUCAACACGCCGAUCGCCAUGAACACGAUAUCACAACUAAUAAACACAUACAACAGCGCCAAGAAGUCCGAAUUGACAGCAGCGGAUCAUCGCCGGGUGGGCCUUUUCGUCACACGUCUAGUGAACAUCUUUGGUCUGAAUGGCUCCGAGCCAGCAGAUACCGAACAGGUGGGCUGGAAAGGUAUCGAGAUCCCGGACGCCGCAAAAGAGUUCGUCUACCCGCUCGCUAAAAUGCGAGACGAACUGCGACAAGCCGCCAUUGCUAAAUCCAUCACUGCCGAGAAAGUCCAGGAAAUCGUGACCACUUCGCCCACAAGCCUGGAGGAGCCGGCCUCCAGUGGGAGACCUCGGCCUUCAUAUGCCCGUGCACUGAGCGAGUUCAGCAGGGCCGCCCUUCAAGCGACUUCUUCGCCGGCUGCCAUGGAAUCCUCGCCUGAUCUCAACAAACAAAUCCUCGCACUCUGCGACCGGGUCCGAGACAUCGAUCUCUGGCAACUGGACAUCUACCUCGAAGACCGAGAGAAUGCGCCCGCUCUGGUCCGCCCCGUCACCGAAGGCCUCAAAGCGGCCCGGCGCGAAAAGGAAGACAAAGCCCGCCAAAAAGAAGAAGCGAGAAAACAGCGCGAAAGAGAAGCGCAGGAGAAGUUGCAGAAGGCCAAACUCGAUCCGAGAGAGAUGUUUAAACCACCCCAUCAAACGGAGUAUUCGGCGUGGGAUGACGAUGGUGUCCCGACAACGGCCAGGAAUGGAACCCCUCUGACGGCGAGCCGGGUGAAGAAGUUGAGGAAGGAGUGGGAGGCACAGCGGAAGGCGCACGAAAAGUACCUGGCCACGCUUCCCACCCCAGUGCCAAAUGGUCUAGAUUCACCUUCUGCUACUCGCUAG